AUGGGUGACAAUGUCACCGCAGUCGAGGCGCAGGUCUCCCAAGGCGAUGGAACUAAGGCAGAAAACUUGGCUGUUCAGCGACUAGGCUAUGAACCAGAGCUCCAUCGUACCUUUGAUCUCCUGGGUAUGAUCGGGUUCUCUUUUAGCAUUGUUUCUUGCUGGAGUGCCUUGGGAGGUACAUUCUCCGUUGGACUUACUUCGGGGGGCCCACCUGUUAUGGUAUUUUCCUGGCUCAUAAUAUCGGUCGGAGCCCUUGCCGUGGGAAUUUCCUUUGCAGAGAUGUGCUCGGCCUACCCUUUGGCUGGAGGACAAUAUUCCUGGGUUGCUGCCAUCGCACCUAAGGAAUGGGCCCGAGGGCUCUCCUGGGUGACAGGAUGGUUUAUGUUGAUUGGGCUCGUUGCUAUGGGCGCAACAAACAACUUCAUUACAGCAAACUUUGUCCUCGGUAUGGCAAACCUAAUCAAUCCUUCAUACGUGAUUGAACGAUGGCAUACAAGUCUUGUAACAUAUGCGAUCAUCCUCCUCACCGGGAUGGUCAAUAUCUUCACUCCAAAGAUCCUAGAUCGGCUUGGAAAAGGUAUUUUCCUUUGGAAUAUCUGCGCAUUCGUUGUGGUCAUAAUCGUUCUGUUGGUGAUGAAUGAUCAUAAGCAACCAGCUUCAUUUGUCUUCACCGAUUUUCGCAAUGACACCGGUAUGUCGCCAGCCUUGGGUGUGAUUGCUGGUCUACUUCAGACUCUUUUUGGCAUGUGCUGUUACGAAGCACCGGGCCAUAUGACCGAAGAAAUGAAUAAUGCUAGCCGUGACGCACCCAAGGCCAUAAUUCUAUCUGUUGUUAUGGGAGCCGUGACAGGGUUUAUCUUCCUUGUCGUGGUGUUCUUCUGCACCGGUGACCUCGCGACGACAGCCAACAGUCCCACCGGGGUUCCUUUGAUCCAGAUCUUCCAUGAUAGCAUCGGAUCCGCCAGAGGGGCAUGUGCUCUUGCUGCCAUUGUCACGGUCAUUUACUUUGUAGCGGCCAACUCGUUGAUGGCAGAAGGAGGUCGUUCCAUCUGGGCGUUUGCACGGGACCACGGGCUGCCAGCCUCGAAAUAUGUCAGUAAGGUUGACAAAAAAUUUGGCGUACCUGUCAUUGCGAUAUUGGUGUGUAUGCUUAUUCAAGCCGCGUUGAACACCAUCUAUAUUGGCACGUAUACUGGGUUUGUGACGGUCACGUCCAUCUCAACUGAGGGGUUCUAUAUUUCCUACUUUGUGCCCCUAUUUGCCCGAAUUCUGUCUCACGCCAUGGGCCGGCCUGUGAAGUUGGAUGGUCCAUUCAAUUUUGGCAAAUUCGGCUUGGUUUGCAACUGGAUUGGGGCCAUUUUCUUGCUUGUGGCCAUCGUGCUCUUCAACUUCCCAAGUGAAGCGCCUAUCACUGCAGAGAACUUUAAUUAUUGUAUCGCUGCUGUUGUGUUGGUGCUGGUCUUAUCAUUCUCGACUUGGAUUCUGGAUGGUCGUAACAGCUUCACAAUGCCGAAUUUGGAAGGCAUUGAGGAGGUGUGUUCAGACACCCCGGUGAUAGUAGAGAAUGAUAAGAGCCACUGGGAAAGUUCAUAG